GUCAGUUCCGCGCCGGAUUUUCAAUCGUGUGUACAAGUAAUUUUUUUUUUUUAAAGAAAACGUACCGAGUGAAUAAUUGCCUAAUUAAAUUUUUAUCCCUUAUUUAUCAGUGACGGGAGCAAUAAACUAUUUCAUAAAUGUGCAGAAGAAAAAAAUAUUUCCCUCAGCCCGACCGACGCUAGGAACAGAAAUGUGGAUUUAAUGACUGUUUAAAAUUUUUUUCUCGCUGAUAAGAAAAAGCAAACAGAUUUUUCAAGUGGUCCCGGUUAUCUCGCGAGAUUUAGAAAUUUCUGGUGCCCGUGGUUUUACGGAGUUUUAUUUGUUCUUUCAGUAACACGGAAGUUCCCUCCGUCCAAAAACAAGGCCCAUCUGCAUUAGAAACUUGAGGAAAGUUUGCUUCACUGGAUUAGUGCAGCGGACGUUAUGACAAAUCUCAAUGGGUUAAAUACUGAUAAAAAGUCGGAUCCGACGUGGCAGAAAAUUAAUUCUGGUCAUGACACUGAAGAAUUGCAAAUAAAUGGCUACGAACGCAGUUACAUCUGCACAUUUGUGACGUAUGUCACUUACCUGUUAACACUUGGAAUUCUCCGAUUAUUCUUCCAUUGGUAUCCUCAUUUGCAGUUGUACGCCACUUAUCGAAAAUGUCCGUUGAGUCGAGCGACAAGAUUACUCCUAAUAGACGAUUAUCAAGGAAAAUACAAAACAUAUUCUGUCAAGGACAUCCGAGUUAUUGGAACAAAGAAUUUAAGAUCUCCUGAGAUGCUAAAAAGACUGGGUAAUCCUGACCCCGAAUUAGUGACUAGCAUUGAAGGGAAAAAAUUGAGCAUAACUUUGGAAAACGGUACAAAACGCGAUGUCUUGGAAUAUCGUGCUUUUUGGUUCAAAAAACAAUGCUACAUAUGGGACGAAAUUCAAAAUGAAUUUGCAAUGCUCGUGGCACUGGAUAAGUACGUGCCCUGCACGGAAUUGCAUCUAGGGUUCAAUAAAGGUCUCUCCAAAGAGGAGCAACUGUUGAGGAGAAUAGUGUAUGGAAAAAACGAGAUAAUAGUGCCACUGCAGGGCAUAAUGGUUCUGCUAUUGCUCGAAGUAUUCAACCCAUUUUACAUGUUUCAAGUAUUCACAUUGGCUGUCUGGUUUGCCGAUGGCUACUAUUAUUACACAGCAGCAAUUAUACUCAUGUCCCUGUUUGGAAUAAGCAGUUCCAUCCUUCAAACACGCCGCAAUCAGAAAAAUCUUCAUGGAACAGUGGCUUCGACUGAGAUGGUGCGUGUGAGGAGGAGUUGUGGGACCUUCGACACGGUUUCCAGUGCUGAGCUUGUCCCCGGAGAUGUUAUCGAACUACCGAGACAUCAGGGGACUGUUGUUUGCGAUGCAGUACUACUUACUGGACAUUGUAUUCUCAAUGAAUCGAUGCUUACAGGCGAAUCUGUACCAGUCACUAAAACCCCCCUAACUCCAAAAAAAAUUCUUUACGAUCGGAAAGAAUGCUCUCAACAUACAUUGUAUAGUGGAACAAUAAUAAUUCAAACGAGAUUUUACGGAGACGGCCCAGUUCUCGCACGAGUCAUUCGAACUGGCCUUCAGACAAACAGAGGUGCCCUGGUUGCUGCUAUUCUAUACCCCCCACCAGCCGAUUUCAAAUUCGAUCAAGAUUCCUACAAGUUCAUAGGGAUCCUGGCGGUGAUAUCAUUUUUGGGAUUUGUCUACACCGUUGUGACAAAGGCCUCCAGAGGUGUCACUGCCUCCUACAUUGCCAUCAAGGCGUUGGACGUCAUUACAAUUGUCAUUCCACCGGCUCUACCGGCUGCUAUGACCGUUGGAAAACUCUACGCCCAGGCGAGGCUUAAGAAAGCCCAGAUAUAUUGCAUAAAUAGCCGGGUGAUCAACGUCUCUGGGAGUAUUAACUGCAUUUGUUUCGAUAAAACAGGAACACUCACAGAAGAUGGUCUAGACAUGUGGGGAGUGGUUCCAAAUACAGAUGCAAGUCUUCAGGAAGCUGAGAAGGACAUUCCAAAGCUGAGAAACCACGCGAUAUUCGAGGGAAUGCUGGUCUGUCACAGUCUGACCCUUAUAAACGAUCAACUCUGUGGCGAUCCCCUGGACGUAAAAAUGUUUGAGAGCACCGGGUGGAUCCUGGAGGAGCCAGACGUCGAGGACACAAGCAAAUACGACCUCCUGGCUCCAACCGUGGUCAAGCCACCUGAGGACUCCUCCCAAAUGUUCACCGAGAACAUGAAUCAAGUGUCGGAAAUUGGAAUUAUCCAGCAGUACCAGUUUUCAAGUUCACUUCAACGUAUGUCUACCGUUGUUAAGGUCUUGGGGACCGAUCACUUCAGGAUCUAUACAAAAGGAUCACCGGAGAUGAUUCUCAGUCUGAGUAAACCGGAAACUAUUCCAGUUAACAUUGUGUCCGAGUUGCAAAAGUAUACGGAGCAAGGCUACAGGGUAAUCGCCAUUGGAAGGGGCUUCAUAACUUCCAACUUCACCAAAAUUCAGAAAAUGCACAGGGAUCAGAUUGAGAGGGACCUGGAGUUCCUGGGUCUUGUGAUUCUCGAGAACCGGCUGAAGGAGCCGACGAUCAGAGUGAUUGAGGAACUGAGGGAAGCGAAUAUUCAGAUCCUGAUGAUAACGGGUGAUAAUAUCCAGACGGCUGUGAGUGUCGCUAAGGAGUGUAAAAUUCUCGAGAGGGACGAGACUGUCAUCAACGUGACUAUUAUACCCUCAGAGCAAAAAGCCGACGCCAAGAUUUACUUCAAUGUGCAGGGGGUCCCUGCACAGCCAACCCUUCGGAGAGGAAAUCUGAAGAUCAAUUACGAAGCCAUUGAGAGAGGAUUUCCUGCCCCAAAUUAUCGAUUCGCAUUGACGGGGCAGACGUGGCAGCUCCUGAGGGAGCAUUACCCAGAGUUGGUGCCAAAGAUUUGUGUGAGGGGGGCUGUCUUUGCGAGGAUGACGAGUGACCAGAAGCAACAGCUUGUUUCAGAGUUAAUGCAGCUUGGCUAUUAUGUCGCAAUGUGCGGAGAUGGGGCGAAUGAUUGUGGGGCUCUGAGAGCAGCGCAUGCAGGAAUAUCACUGUCUGAGGCUGAAUCAAGUGUGGCGUCACCCUUCACCUCCCGGAUUCCAGACAUCACCUGCGUGCCAAAAGUAAUUCGUCAGGGGCGAGCAGCUCUAGUAACCUCUUUCGGAAUCUUCAAAUUCAUGGUGACAUGUGCCUUAACCGAGUUCCUCUCCACCAUAAUUCUCUACUCGAUAGACUCGAAUCUCACCGACAUCGAGUUUCUGUUUAUCGACAUAUGUUUGAUCGUGAACUUUGCAUUUUUCUUCGGGAAGACUCAGGCUUACGCCGGCAAAUUGGCGUCUCACCCGCCAAUGACCUCCAUCCUCUCCUUCACUCCCCUGACCUCUCUGAUCCUGCAGAUGUCCAUAAUGUCGGCAUUCCAGGCAGUAGCUUUCUUCGGGGUUCAGCAAUUCGCCUGGUUCACGCCAUUCGUCAGUCACGAACUUUUCCAUUACACGAGCUACGAGAACUACUCAGUAUUUUCCAUAUCGAUGUUCCAAUACAUAACAACAGCGGUGAUUUUUUCACGAGGAAAGCCCUAUAGAAGGGCCAUUUACACAAACAAUUCAUUUAUAUGCUCGAUUAUUGCGUUAACCGGAGUCUGCGCGUACAUAACUCUUCGGCCUGCGCAGUGGAUCGUUCAGAUUCUGCAGCUCCAACUUCCCCCAAAUUACGACUGGCCUCUUAUCAUCCUGGCCAUGGCCCUGGCCAAUUUCCUGAUCUGUCUCUUUGUGGAGAUGUUUAUAAUCGAUUUUGUUAUCGAGAGAAAGGCGAAGGCCAAGUUUUACCAGCCGGAGAAGAGCAGAAAGGAGUACUUGAGAGUUAUGGAGGAGUUGAAGGCCGCUGACUGGCCCAAAUUGAGCCGGGAUACCCCGGUGUUGCCACUAACCCCCAGUGUCGAAAAUGUUGUGGACGUGAGGGCGGGGGAGGAGCAGGACAAGGUGGGGGUGGAUAACAUGGCAUUCGUGGACGAUGAGGAGAGUAAUGUUACCAAGUUUUAGAGUACCCUAAAAAGUCCAUCUUAUGUGACAUCUAGCAAUCCGAGAGAUUAUUCCAGAAACUUGUAUUCUAUUUUUCCAAUUAUGAAAGAAUGAUUGGCGCUUCAUUCUUCUGCAUAAUUGCCUUUUUAAAUAAUGAAGCCUUGGGCAAAAUGGGGCAGCGAGGCGAAAUGGGGCACCUCGGAAUUCUCAGAAAAUUGACAAAUUUAAUGCGAAGAAAUGUUUGAGUUUCCAUAUUUUAACUCUAGGGAUUUUCUACCAAAACUACUUUUUUACAGUCGCAUGCCUGAUUUCGUCCUUCCUUACCCUAUGUACUACAGUAUUCUAUAAUGCAACUAAUGUAUAAUUAUCAACGAUAAACAUUUUUUGAAGAAAUAAUGUAUUAGGACCCCGAUGUGAUAUAGAUUAACGUGGGUCGAAAGAUAUGAAAUAAAAGCACUGAAUGUUCAAGAAAAA